AUGGGUACAGCUAAGCAAAGCCAAAAUAGAAAAAAGUUUACGAGGGAGUAUAAGGUUAAGGAGAUCCAGAGGAGUAUUACAAAGAAGACUAGGUUAAGAAAAGAAUAUCUCAAAGCUCUAAAGGAUGAGGGGUAUACGGUACCGGAAAAGGAACCUAGAACUGGGGCAAAAGAAUCUGUCAGAAAGAUUAAGGAAGCCAGGGCAAUGGAAGGCAAAAAAAAACUAGACGAGAAAAAAGAGAUCAAGAGACAAAGAAAGAAAAUGGUAAGGGAUGAGGCAAACAACCAAAGGAAUGAGCAGUUAGAGAGAAUUAGAGUAUCCAAGGAAAAGUACCAAAUGAGGGAGGACAGGAAGAAGAAAUUGACUCAAAGAACAAGGACGGGCCAACCUUUGAUGGGUCCUAAGAUAGAGGACCUUUUGGAUAAGAUCAAAACAGAUGAUACUUAUACUUCCUGA